AUGAAUCCAUCGAUAAUUGGAAGAGUGCUGGCAAAUGAUAAGGAAAGGAUGUUGCGGUAAAUAACACUGUCAUUGCAUGAUUCGAAACUAUACACAGUGAACUGGUUUUUGAUAUUAGUCCUCUGCAGGUAUAUUAAUUUAGUAACAUUUUGUAUUUUUUGUCGUUUAGCAUAUUCUCUAGGUUUGUCUUUAUACCGUAUAAAAAAUUACAAACCAAAGAAGGGUCUCUUAAGAAAAGCUUGGCCCUUCAAGCGGCCAUGAAAGAAGUAAUGGCACAAGUGAUCCGUAGUGUCGGCGUCAUACUGCAGCUCAGGGAUGAUUUCACUGGGCGUCAAGAAGAUGAACUGUUCAAUGAGGUAGUUCAUUUCACAGAAGAACUAACAAUAAAUCUGCAGCCAAUUAUAUGAACUUGUUUGAUAUAUGAACUUGUUUGAUAUGUUCUCGGGGGUGAUGUCUGUUAACUUAUUUGGUGCUAUGUAUAUUUCUAUAUAGAUUGUUUACAUGCGAUGUCACAACUGAAAGGCCAUGCACGUGCUUAAUUAAAUUACUUGUCAAAUUUUCAAAUCCUCGUUGUUUGAGAAGAAACUUUUCUUUUUUUAUGAGAUCAUUGAGAAAACUGGAAUGAAGAACGAACUGUGACCUGUUCUCAAAUCGCACUUCACCGAUGUUGUAAUUCCGCACCACCGGAUGUUUACACUUCAGCAUAUUCAGCAGGAAGAAAACGCAACAUCCGAUGUCCAGUUCAAUGGGAAUGGCAAUAAAGACUUGAUGAUUGAAGUCAUUGAGGAAGUGUUAACAAAAGUCACUGAAGAUCCACAAUCUGUAAGUAAGAUUCCAGUCCACCAUAAAUGUAAACUGCAUGCAUGUAAUCCGAACCGGACAACAUAGUGUGAGUUAUUUAUUAUUAUAUUAGCAUUUUUGUGUUACUUCCAGGGAAAAAAAUUCUUAAAUCCCAAAUAUCUCUCGCGCAAUUGUGAUUGCGGUGAAGUUCUGGGCUUUCAUGUAGCAAAGGCGUUGGAGUACAUAGAGAAGAAAACGUUGGCAGAUGAGUUGAAAUGAUUUGUAAGGCGCACCAAUAUAGGAUGCACAGGACGAAAGAUUAGGUGCUAUGAUAUACAGUUAUCGGGAGUGCACAUAAAAAGAAAGGUUUUAAACAGGGAUGUUGUGGCUGCUCUCGAUGAAGGUAGUGGUUCCAAAUGUCUUUUUAUAAUGAUAGACAAGUACAUGUUGCACGAGUAGUCAAACUUAUUUGAUAUACAAACUCAAGCCGGAGGCAAGAGUUUGUAUAUCAGAUAAAGUCGGAUGCAAUGUUUAUCCGAUUUACAAAAAUUGAUCAAAUAUUCAUUUUUUUUUAAUUUUCUUCAUGUAUUAUUAAUUAUUUUAAUUUUUUUCUUUAAAAAUUCCAAACGUUCUUCCUAUUCUUUUAACUUUAAAAAAAUUGAAAUUCCAUUUUCAUAGAGUAUUGCCAAUGUUGCAAAAGUGCGAAAACAGUACUGUAGCUAUAUAGUUUGGAAACUUUGAAAAAUGGUUUUUUGACGCUACUGACAAAUUAUUCCAGGCAAAAUAAUUAAAGAGUCUUAAGACUAAGAGAUUGUCAAAUGUCUUCCACAUUUUAGAAGUAUGUCCUCUCCCCUAUAAUGGCUAUAUAGAAUGAUCUUGUAUACUUUCAAACUAAUUUUUAGUCAAAGGCGCAUUCAAUUUCGCCGAGAAAACACGUAAAUCCAUCACGCCAAAAGAGAACGAUAAAGAAGAGUCCUUGGGUAUGUUAGCAAGGUUAUUAGUAAUGUAUGGUAAUUGACAUUUCCUUAUUUACAGAAAUUCAUGUUCUUAAUAGUACCAAAUACUACCGGUGCAUUAAAACAAAAGACAGCAAAUGUCAAUGAUGUUGUUGAAGGUAUUGUAUUUGUGGCACAUCUAAAUUUGUUCACUUGAAUCUUAGGAAAUUGCCUGCAUGCAUGCAUAUAGCUAAUGAGGACAUGAUGGUUUGCUAAUACUAAUAUACAUAUUAUAGUUAUAAAACUAAUUAUCAAAAACAAUUUAAGAUGUCCCAAUUCAAUCUUAGGUGUAAAAUGGUAUUUAACUGGUAUUUAACUGGUAUACCAUUAAAAACUUUGAAAAAUGAUUUUUUGACACUACUGACAAACUAUUCCAGGAAAAAUAAUUAAAGAGUCCAAGAGAUUCUCAAAUGUCUUCUACAUUUUAGAAGUAUGUCCUCUCCCCUAUAAUGGUUAUAUAGAACGAUCUCAUAUACUUUCAAACUAAUUUUUAGUCAAAGGCGCAUUCAAUGUCGCUGAGAAAACACGUAAACCCAUCACGCCAAGAGAGAACGAUAAAGAAGAGUCUUUGGGUAUGUUAGCAAGGUUAUCAGUAAUGUAUGGUAAUUGACAUUUCCUUAUUUACAGAAAUUCAUUUUCUUAAUAGUACCAAAUACUACCGGUGCAUUAAAACAAAAGGCAGCAAACAUCAACGAUGUUGUUGAAG